CUCUCUUCGAUCUACGCUGUCCCUUCGGAUCUGCUGUCUUGUGGCCUUGAGCGCCAAUGGAGUCACCUCUUCCGAGCCAAGAACGAGAACGCAGUCCGUACCAUUGAGCAAGGGCUGCGAUGCUGUGGGUUCAACUCACUCCAUGAUCGUGCGUGGCCAUUUCCCAGUCACGAUGUGGACGUGAGAGCUUGUGAGAGGACGAUAGGGUAUACGAGUCGAUGUGUGGGCCCGUGGCGGCAGCAGCAACAGGUCAUCGCCGGCCUCGUUGUAGUGGCAAGUCUUUUCAAUUGGCUGCUCCUGGUGAGUCUUGUG